AUGGAUCAUUCAGCAGUUCAUCCGUCAGGUCACGAGAAUUCAGCGUGGUUCGUGGGAUGCGUCAACGCCGGCGACUCCUUUUUCUCCAGACUUUCUUUACCCAAAGGUGCCCAUGACCUUGACCCGGUAACCUGCUCUGCAAGCUGUCUGGAUGAAGGUUUGCCUGUUGCAAGUGAACAGGGGAUUGUGGCACUCUACAGAACUGAAGGACCAUUUCUGCACACCAUCAAUCUAUCUGCUCCUUCAGACAGAGUGCAGGCUGGGAAGACUUUUGUUGUGGUGGUUUCUGGAAACCUGGCUGGACGCCCCAACCAACCCACAGGGAUUCAGAGUCUGGGAGGGCAGGACCUCUCUUAUGUCACUGUGGAGUUCCUGGACAGGACCCCUAAAGAUGUCAGUGUUUCCAACCUCCUCUCCACACUGUCCUCCACCCUCCACCUCUCCGUCUCGCAGCCUCCUCCAAAUAGCUUGGUGAUCUCUGUGCUCCAUGGGCCCCUAGGUGUCCCCUCCUGCACACACCCCCAACAGACAGACUCGCACAGUAUGCAAGCAGCACACCUGGGCGACCCUGUCACACUGCAGGCAUACGAAGUUGUGCGUCUCGCUGUUUCUGACCUUAAAGUGAGCAUUUCAAGGAAUUAUCUGAGAGCUGGAGGGUGCAUUUCUGUGGAUGUGGAGCUUUUCACCACCAUGAAGCACCUGCUUGUCCUCAACCUCACACUAAACGCUGAGAAUGACCACAAAUACGAGGACAGUGUCGACCUCAGCAGCAAAGGAAAGGACAUUAACAGCUGCAGCGGCGGCAACUUUGGCAAUAACUGCUGCAGUAUUGACAGCUCUGACAUGAAGAACAAUAUAACAAAUGAUGACAGAAGUGUCUUCAGUAAUGAAAUCAGUGCCAACGCUACUCACUUUAACAAAACUGAGAGUCAUACAAGCACAAUCACCGACUGGAAAAACAGCAAUGAUGACGACUAUAACUGCAGUAACCAUGGCAACAUCACCCAUGAUCACAAUCUCAAUCAACGCCGCAGUAAUAUCCGUUGUCAUGGUGGCACCCACUCCUAUUCCCACCACUUCAUCCCUCUCCACCUCCUCCACACCUCCAAUCAGUCCAGCUGCCGUCUGCAACUCCACCUUGGCUGCCGCCUCCCUACCACAGCAGGACGGUAUCACCUCACAGCAUCUGUUUUCUCUACUCCCGAUCCUUCAUCAGUGCUAAUCUCCACUGUCCUGCCUCAAGUCUUGAUGGUGUAUGAGCAUAUCUGUGCCCUGAGGCCAUCUGGGAAUUGGACAUCAGUGUUUCCAGCAGACUCAGAAUUUAGCCUGGAGGUUGUCAGCCACGGAGGCCGCUUGGGGUCAACAAUAAUUUGGACUUUUAGUUUGGAAAAUGCUGUUGUGAUCAGCAAGACAACUGAAGAAUGGAACAUAAAUGUGUCUCUUCCUCUAGCAGGACGUUAUAAUGUCACAGUUAAGGCCUGUAACCCAGUCAGCUGGACCUCAUUUCAAACACACAUCCUGGUUCAAGACAUAGUUGGGGAGCUGGUUUUGAAUGUUCCCAGUGUGAUCAGAACAGAACAGAAACAAUCCCUUUUAUUUAGUGUUGCAGCAGGGUCAAACAUGACCGUCUCUCUGCUGGUGAAUGCAACAUUACAGUACCGAAACAGCAGCUACGCCACAGGAGAACAGGCAACGGUGGUUUUGCUUUUCAACCACACAGGGACAGCUGUGGUUGAGCUUCGAGCUGAGAAUGAAGUGUCUUCUCAGAACAAAAGCGUCAGAGUGUGUGUUGAGGGGAACAGGAAGCCGUCACCGCAAGUUAGAGUUAAUUCAAACUGGCAGCCACCCACCAGUCAAAGUCCUGUUCACAGCCUGGGUGACAUUGUGCAGAUUUAUGCAGCAAAGCAAGCUUAUCCCACAAAUACAGAUAUAACCUUCCUGGCUGUGACUGAUGUACCAGAUCUUUUGGAAUUUAUCUGGCACUUUGGAGACUCCACAUCAACCAGAACCACCUCAAGGACUGUCACCAAAAGAUACCAUAAACCUGGCAGGUUUGAUGUGGUUGUAGUCAUGUCUGGUGGCCACUCAUCCAUCACCUCUGAGGUGUUCCCUCUGGUAGUGCAGAAAGCAGUGAAGCUCAACAGGCUGGUCCACCAGGCGUCAGUCCUACAGAAUCAGACGGUGACAGUGAGUUGCCGGGUCAAUGUUGGGACCAACCUCACCUUCCUCUGGAACUUUGGAGAUGGAUCAUCCAGGCUGGGACAGAGCACAGAACAGCAUGUCUUCAAAAAAACAGGAGAGUUCAGAGUCCAAGUGAGUGCGUCUAACCUGGUCAGCUCUGCCUCUCUGAGCAGUCACAUCUUUGUUGUGGACUGUCCUUGUCAGCCUCCACCGGUCAAAAACAUGGGUCCUCUCAAACCACAGGUCCGGAGAUACGAGGUUAUAUGUCUGGGGGUGACCUUUGAGACUGAUAUUGACUGUGACAUAUCAGGAGGCCUUCAGUACACCUGGACCCUGUUUGACUCUGCAGGCCAGACCUUCCAUUUGCCUUUCACAGACACACACAGACAGAGUCUCACACUCCAGAGCCAUCUCUUGCUCUAUGACACCUACACUGCCAUAGCCAGGGUCCAGGUCAUUGGCAGUGUGGUGUACAGUAACUACAGCGUGAGAGUUCAGGUGGUGCCAAGCCCUCCUGUGGCUGUCAUCCAGGGUGGUACCAACAUCUUCAUUAACAACAGGAACACCACCGUGCUAACCCUGGACGGGCGGAGAUCUUACGACCCUGACUUCCCCACGAACCCACUCAGCUACAGCUGGACGUGUAAACCACUCAGCUCCAUCACCACUCCCUGUUUCAGCCAGCACGUUCCCACUUCCUUCCCUGUGCUUGUGUUUCCAGUUAGUUUCUUAAAACCCAACUUCGACCAGUUCCAGUUCACGCUCACCAUACACAGUGGAGAGCGUUCAGCCUCAUCAGAAACCUUCCUCACAGUAACACCAAACUUGCUUGGGAAAGUGUCUGUUUACUGUCUUCAUUGCCAAGGAGAUCAGGUGAACUGGGGGCAGCCGUUCUCUGUCAGUGCCUUGUGUGAAGACUGUGAUGUCUCCCCAGAACACAUCCAGUACACCUGGAGUCUGUACCUGGUCAAUGCCUCCUCCAGGCCUGUCUUGGAAGUUCCAUUUUGUUACACAGUGGAUCUCAGUGCUCCUUAUUCAAUCAUCAGCAGUCCUGCCAGUUCCCCUCAGACUCCUGGGACCUCCACCCUGCCUCCAUCUGACACAGAUGCUUCCCACUACACCAGUUCUGUCCAUGCCUCAGACCCUGUUCUCCUGACUGAGAUUAUUUCUAAAUCUAUAGCUAGAAAGCAAAAUCUGGGACUGACUGACAGAAGGACAUCAUCAAAGAAGAGCAGAAACAUGUCAAGAAAAGCUGGAAAGGAGCCCUUUCAUCACUCCCUGGGAAAGUUUGACCAUCCAGAGCAUCACCCCUCCACUGAAUACCCACCACUCACCCCUGACAACAGUGGAGUCCUGUAUCCAGAACACUUUGGCCAAAGCGACGUUAACAGUGAAUUCCCAAUUCAUUAUGAUUCCUCUGCUGAGUGGGAAUUUCCUUUUCCUGUCCUGGAGACUGGUGACGUGGGAGGUCGACCAGAUUCAGAUUACAAUGUUCCAUUCCCAAGUGCAGAGGAGGGAGACCCGGGAAUUUCAGCAGGAAGACCCACAGGUGUGGAGGGUGAGACCUUAAGUCCAGGAGAUGACUCAGUGUUUGAUCCAGCAGUACACAAAGAUGAGGGGAGUAACCUGGUGGUUUCCAGACCGUCUGUGGUGAUCCAGGAGCCCACUUUGCUUGAUUUGCCCCGAGACCUAGUAGACAGAGGCCUUUUUGAGUCCUACACUCAUGCAGGAAUUUCCUCCUCUCUGCUCAGUUUCAGACCCUUCAGUCUGAGGCCGGGAGGCAUAUACAUGUUGGAGGUCACUGCCAAAUCUCUGAAUAGUUUUUACGGCCGGACUCAGCUGUUUUUAGAAUCCAAGCCAGCUCCAAAGGGCAUGACAUGUCAGGUGCAGCCGGUCAGGGGGAUGGAGGUGCACACACAUUUCAGCAUCUUCUGCACGUCAGGGAAAGAGGAUUUACUGUAUGAGCACAGCUUCAGUGUAGGAGGCAGACCCCCCAGGGUGCUGUACCAGGGGAGAGAUUUCCAGUUCUACUUCAGCCUUCCUUCAGGUGACCCUAGUGAUGACUAUAAAGUAACUGUUUACACAGAAGUCAGAAGCAGCACAUAUGGGACAGCCACCAAACCCUGUCCUGUCACCGUCCAAGUCCAUCCAAGCUUCCUCAGAGACACUUCUUCCCGUCACGAUCCUGACCUGGAGCUUUUCAGGUCAGGUCUGAGGAACGUGUCUGCUCUGGUGCAGCUUGGAAACAGUAGGGAGACUCGUAACUACAUCAGUCUCCUCUCCAGCAUUCUGAACAGACUCAGCCUGGACACUGAGGCCAAUGCACACGCACAGAGACUCACACGCAAUGUGCUCAUUUGCACAGUGUGUGAGCUCGAGAGCGGCGAACAGGCAUCAAUGGUGGAUAGCAUCUCUAUUCUCAAAGACCUUUUACAAGUUACACAUCAGGUAACAGUAGCAAGUGUCAGACGAGUGACAGUUUACAUUCAGGCCAUCUCAGACCUGUUUCUGGAGUCCAGUGCUCUAGUCCGGUAUCAUCUAGACCACAACAUCCUGAACACCCUGGUUGCGAUGCUCUCAUACAUCCUGCAGGGUGCUGUCACAAAUCAUGACUUCACACCUGAAAGGUCCGAUAUAGAUAAUAUUACACAGGUAUUGGAAUCGGACUCACCCGCCAUUGCUUCUCCUGAUGGAUGCAUACCAGCUUCAUCCACAGGUGAUCACACCAAAUGGGAAGGAUCAGCAUCAACAAAGCAGAGGGUACAGCUUGUGGUUGAUGUUCUGCAGACUGCGUCAGACCUGAUGCUGAAGUACAUGUUGCUCCACAAGGUCCAGGAGCACAGAGUCAGCACAGGUCUCUUCUCCUUAUAUGCCACAUGCCAAAACCAAACCUCCACAGUCAUCAGCAGUGGCUCAGCCACCUUCUACAUGCCCGCUUCUCUGAUCCAGCUUCUGUUUGGUGGUUACAAUGGAGACACUGAGAGAAAGCAGCAUCGACCAUGUGUGCUCAGCUUGCUGACUGAGCUCGCCCACAUCCCUUACACCAGCGACCACUAUCCUCCACAGCUCAGCGGACCAGUGGUUGACCUGAGUCUGUACAAGUGCAGCGUGAGGAGAAAGAUCCCUGUCCGUUCCUUCGUUCUGCCAAUCAACGUCGAGCUGCAACAUCCACCAAGAAACGAAACCUCUGCGCGUGAGUACGUCCUCUCCCGCAUCCAGAUCAACUACCACAGUUUCAACAUUACACAGGACCACUUGCAGCAGGCCAUCCAGUUGAGCGUGGUGUUCACACCGCCGCCCAACAAGGUGUUUCCCAUCAUGCUGCUCUUCAGGAUGUUUGAGAGGCCAACUCCCAGCAUGCACCAUCUGCACAGUAUCCACCACUGGGAGAGCAACACCAUACGCAUCACUCUGCCUCCAUCUUACCUCAAUGCUGCAGGGGUUGGUCACCUGGCACUGCUGAAUGCUGAUUUUGGGAAAGCACCCAAACACAAGCACCUGAGUGGACAGGUCAGCUACAGACUCGCAGUCAUCAGCAGCCUGUGCUUGUCCUUGGAUGGCCACCAGGGGGCCUGGACACAUCAAGACUGCAAGACACAGCAAGCAGACGCAAGCACUGCUGUCAACUGCAGUUGUCAUCAGUUGAGGCCACUGACCGUGGUGCAGCAUCAGAUCCAGAGCAGCCACGACACAGCCAAUCUGGACCCGUUCCUAAGCGUGUCCCGUGAUCUGACUGUGCUGGGAGUACUGGUGCUGUGUGUGUGCCUGUACAUCCCGGGGUUGUUGGCGUGUAAGAGAGCUGAUGACAUCACUGAGAAGAAUCGACGAGUCCACUACCUUUCUGACAAUUCUCCAUUUGAGCCGUAUCUUUAUGCAGUGACCAUCCACACUGGUCUCUGCUCUGCAGCCAAUAUGAGCGCAAAGGUUUACAUAGUGCUGUAUGGUGAAGAUGGGCUCUCACACACAAGAGAGCUACAGGUCCCAGGGUGCACUCUGUUCAGGAGGAACUCACAAGAUACAUUUAUACUCAGUGCAGCAGAUAGCUUGGGCCCUGUGUGGGGGGUUCACAUCUGGCAUGACAACUCUGGAUUGUCCCCGAACUGGUACCUCAAACAAGUGGAGGUGUCUGAGGUGAACAGAGGGCAUGUGAAAGGACGUGAUUGGCUGUUUGUCGGUCAGUGCUGGUUGGCUGUGAACAAAGGUGAUGGCCAGGUGGAGAGAAUGCUGCGUGUUUGCACCCAAGGAUUAAGCUUUACUAAGAUGUCGUGUUUUAAGUUAUCUGACUACUUGGCCGACUUCCACAUUUGGAUAUCUGUGUACAGCUGCCCCUGCCCUAACUUGUUCACACACACGCAAAGACUCAGUGUGUGCCUACUCCUGCUGUUGGGGUACGCAUGCGUUAACACAGUAAUCAUAUCGCAAAUGGAUGAUCAGUUGCUGUUUGAGUUGGGUGUCCUUGAUGUAUCAGCUGUGUCCGUGACAACAGGAGUAUUAAGUGUGGUGGCAGUCUUACCCGGAGCAACAAUGAUUUCUUUUCUGUUUCGACUGCACGGGGUCAAACUGACGAUGUCAGGAGUCCAACAUGCAACGGGUAGAAAGACCGAAAAGGAACAUUUUGAAGAUGCCCUUUCAGUAAAUGACAGUGUACUCCAUCUCUCUUGGAGGAGUCUUAAGCAGUGGAUACAGGAAGCCUGGAGGAAGAAAUAUCAGGGCACAGACCUGCUCUCAGUGUCCUCUACGAUUCUGGAAAAUAAAGACACAGACAAAGAGCCUGUAAUCCAACCAGAUGUGAUCACUGGAAAAGAGGAUGAUCAAGCAGUUGAGAACAGAAUGGGGCCAGUGCUUCAGAAUUUGUUGCACAUUUCAAGGGAGGGAAAUGCUGAUCACGCAACGCAGGGAAAAGAGUGCGAUCCUUCAAGUGCAAGCAGCUUGUGUCUUGGAACCCAGGAAGAGCUUUUGUCCAGUAUGAAGCAAGAAGAUCAAGCCCUUCAGGAAGAGAAAGGUCCUCAAGGAAAAUGUUCAUUGAGCUGUGGCUUUGAGGAAGGCAGCCAUCGUCAGGCAGCGUGGUCUGAUCACAGCAGUGGUUGUCACGUAAACGACAAACUGAGGGGGAGAAAAGUUGGACCAACAUCCCAGCGGUGUCAGUAUUUGGCCUGGUCCCUGUGUCUGCUAUUGUCCCUCUCCUGCCUGGUGCUCUCUGCAGUGCUGGGAACGAGAUUCAGCAGCAGCAAAGUUCUGCUUUGGAUACACUCUCUUUUCUUCUCCCUGAUGUUUUGCAUCUUCUUCAUCCAGCCAGCCCUGAUAUUUACUGUAGCACUGGCGGUCUCCUUUUGGUACAGGAAAAGACCAGACUUUCACACAUUCUCCAGAAUAAAAGAAUUUGAGAUCGAGGCUUCAAAACCGUGCUGCUACAAUGGUGCUGCUCGACCAGAAGAACACUUGAGUGCAUCUGCUUUGCCUCAGGAAAGAUGCUCAUACCUUGAAAAGCUUCUCGCAGCUCGUCAGCGAGCUCGAUACCUGCGUCUCGUGUGCCCGCCGACUCCAGCGGAGCUGAGGAAAACUCGUGGGAGGAAAAGAAGAGAGACUCUUAUCCAUAACACCCUCAGGGAUUUGUCUGUCUGCGUCUCCAUGGUUCUCCUGAUGCUGUGUGUAACAUAUGGCAGCUCGUUCAGUGACCAUUACCACCUCAAUAAAGCUGUCAGAAAACAGUUUACAAGGAAUGAUGAUAAUGACUUUAUGUCCAUACAAAAGCAAGAGGACUGGUGGAAGUGGGCUCGGACCAGUCUGCUAAAUCUGCUGUACAUGAAUUCAUCAGCCAAAAUGGAGCAGUCACGUACCUUGAUUGGAGAGCCAGUCCUGUGGAAGGUGGAGGCAUCCAGCUCGUUUGAGGAUCUGGACUCCGGUGUGACUCUUGUACCAGAAGGUCUUCGCUUAUUCUUGUUGGGAAGCAAAACAUCCACUUACCCACGAUCCGCUGUCAUGGUUCCCACGGUAACGCCCUCAAGGACAUGUGGUCACCAGGGCUGCUACUCGGGGCCAAGUACUACAGUUGGCUUGGGGCGCACAAAGUCUGACGCUGCAUCCAAACUGAAUCUCCUGCACUCAGCUGGCUGGUUGGGCAGACAGACGGUGGCCCUGAAGGUCCAGUUCACCGUGUUCAGCCCUGCACCCAACUUGUUCAGCAGUGUGACCCUGCUUACUGAGCAGAGCCCCACCAGUGUCCUAUUCCCCUCUUCCAAAGUCCAUUCAGUUAGGGUGUAUCGCACUCCUGCUGUGUGGGACUAUGUUGUUAUGGUUUGCCAGCUCCUCUUCCUCUUCUUGUCUCUGCUGCAACUCUGUCAUCAGCUGUGCACUGUGAGGCAGCAAGGCCUGAUGGGAUACUGGAGGUCACCCUGCAACUGGCUGGAAGUCAUUCUGCUGACAGCGACCCUGGUUUACUAUGUUUAUUACAUCUAUCACUCCAUUAUUAUCACGGACGUUGCGGAGCAGCUGCAGAGACACAGAGGACAUGUUGAUGUCAGCUUCUUGGCUACCUGGGAACAAGAUAUUCGUACUCUGCAUGGUGUUACACUCUUCCUUCUCACCAUCAAGUGUGUGACUGUGCUGAGGGUGAACAGGACCUUGGCUACCUCUGCUACACUCUUGACCCGCUCACUCUCCAGGCUCUUUUGGCCAAUGAUUUCAGGUGUGUUCCUGCUGGUGGCGCUGUCCUGUGCAGGGAAUCUUCUGUUUGUACAAAGCUCCUGGGCUUUCAGCUCCAUUCCCCGCUCCCUUCAGACUCUGCUCUGUCACUACUGGGGUCUCAGACCUGCCAGGGGCCUCCUCCUCUCUGGGCGUGAUUUCCUCUACUCUGGAGUUCUCUAUCUGUCUUCCACUGUGGUGUGGACAGCAGUGAUGUGUGUGGUGUCCUCAUUGGUCAGAAGUGCCAAAAGAUCUCAGAGCAGGAGGGAUGUCUUCACCGUAGCAGAAUUAGCCAGUUACAUCAGGCGGAGGAUUUCUGAGUUCACUGGGCAGCGUCAACCAACAUGGUCUGAUGAACACGUGGAGAGAAAGACGUAUUACCUCGAAGAGUUUGAAAGCUUGGUAGAUGAGCUGUUGUUCAGGCUCAACGCCCUCUCUAACUGUCUGCACCACACUCUACCCCCGAAAGCCCAUGACUACACUGAGGAGGAGAGUCCUGUCACAUCACUCAUACAGGAGCCCUCCAGCAUGGACACACAGGACUCUGUAAGAACACAAAUGACAGAUGAGACGAUGGUGAAUGAUUGCACAGAUGUCAAUGGCUGUGGAGGAACUCUACCUGCAUCUCACCUGAUCAGGCCCGAGCCUGACCUUGAGAUGCUGAGGUUGCUGCUGCAGAGAGGCCAACAGAGAAAACAUACCUCCUCAGACAUUAUUUUGACACCUGAUGAUCCGCAUCGAACUGGGAAAACAGCUGAAGAAGAUCCAAAUGACAGAGAUUUAAGGGGACAAGACUGCCUGUCCCUUCCAGAGUCAGCAUCACUCAUCAGGACUUGGACAGAAGACAUUCUGGAAAAGCAAGCUGACCAGUGGACUAGAACAAAUGACAGUUGCUGGUUAAGUAAAACUCAGGCCACCCAUACAGAAGUGGUAGUGGAGGUUCUGGUCCAUGAGGAGCCUGGAGGUGUAGAGGUCUAGAUAAAGAGGAAGAUCACAGAUGAGAAGACUUAAUACCUGAUAGGCAAGUAGUUCAUGACUUUGUAAUUGAUUAAUAGACUAAUUAUUAAUGGAUUAUAAAACAAAAAUAAGCCUUUGUGAUCCAUAAAUGAACAUGCAUUUUGUUUCCAGUUUGUGGGUAAAAUACAUUUUCAUUGUUAAUUUAUUAAUGUAUUUUAGUGACAUUUUAUUAUUUUGCAAAAGCCCUUUUUUUUGUUAGCAAAUAGGUUUUUGUGUCCUUUAUGAUAAACCUUCUCAUUAGUCCUUCAGGGAUACGGACUAACACACAGAAAGCAGUUAUAUCUUCUGAUUUGUUCUCUACAUAUUUAACACUUUGACCUGUAAG